CACGAUCUCUAAACACUGAGGCUAUUUUUCUCCGUAACAUCCGGGCUGAGGUCGGCCAACUCAGCCUCCAGAGCAGCAGCUUCCGGCCACAGACGGAAAUCAUUCGCAAAAAGAGAAGGGGAGUACACACAGGAAAUCCCGCCCUCUCCGCCUCGCAGAGACGGUGGCUCAAAGGAGUCACGCCGUCGGAACCAGGCGUUCACCUCCAAGCAGAAGUAAAAAUGUCAGCGCCAUCCAUGAAAGAAAGGCAAGUUUGUUGGGGAGCUCGCGAUGACUACUGGAAGUGCUUGGAUGAAAAUACCGAUGAUGCCUCUAAGUGUAAAAAAUUAAGAAGCAUUUUCGAAUCAAGCUGCCCCCAACAGUGGAUUAAACAUUUUGAUAAAAGAAGAGAUUACUUAAAGUUCAAAGAAAAAUUUGAGGCUGGACAAUUUGAACCUUCAGAAAGACCAGCAACAUCAUAGUUCUCUGUUAAAACAAACAAAUAAACAAAGUUACAAGUACUAAGACUUCUUUGUGGACAUCGAUAAAUAUUUCUUUUAAUACCAGAUUGCCUAAAUUAUGAAGUGUGGCAUUUGAUCGGACUCAUUGUCAACACAGUUCUCCCGCUCUCAACAUUACUGGAAAUGAUCAAGAAUCUUGUUGGGUUAGAAUAUUUAAUUUAUCCAGGGAAUAACUUGAAUAAAGUGACAUAGAACACUUAA